AUGGUUUCAAUUAAGGCCCAUCCGAAAUACUCUUUCAAAUACGGUGUCAACGACUACCACACUGGGGACAUCAAGAGCCACCACGAGACCAGAGACGGGGAUGUGGUCAAAGGGCAAUACUCCCUGGUAGAACCAGACGGUUCGGUAAGAACCGUGGAGUACACCGCAGACAAGCACAGCGGGUUCAACGCCGUGGUACACAAGAGUGAACCUUCCAAGCACCUAGAGAGUCAUCAGAGUCAACAGCAAGAACAUCAUCUGCAGCUCCAGAAUCACCAAGAAGAUCAUGUUUUGGAAGGUCAGCACCAACAGCAUCAGGUACAGGUAGUAGAGCCUGAGGAGGAGCAGCAUGCUGAAGGGCAGUAUGACCAAGCACAGUAUGACCAAGCCGAGUAUGACCAUGCACAGUAUGACCAAGCACAGUAUGGCCAAUCACAGUAUGAUCAAGGACAUCAGUCUGAGCAGGGACACUACUAG